AUGAAGUCCCUGACUGAGGCCAAACAUCCCCUUUGCUCUGGAGUUGGGCUGCAGAAGCUGCUGUUUGGGAACACAACCCCCCUGUUCAGCUGCGAGUGGGCAGCAGCACACUUCAGGUUCCGCCAGCCACACUCUGACCUGGCCUACGCACUGCAGGCAGGAAAGGGGGGAACGAGAGCUGUUCUGAUGGCUGUACAAGCACACAUCAUCACAUACCUGCUCUUCACAAGAGACACAGAAUAUACUCACCUGGACAGGCUGUGCCAGAUCGGGCGGCGGGAACAGGGACAGGCACUGGCCGUGGCCCUGGCAGAGACCCUGUGGGCAGCAGGAGGAGGUGGCAGAGCCGUCGUCUGCCUCACCACCACAGCUGGCACCGCGAUGCCACGCGCAGGCUGCAGAGCAGACGCCCUCACGGACAGAAUCCGGCUCUUUGAGUUCCCGGAGAAAGCUGCAGCUCAGGAGUUCAUCUCCCACCACAUAAACUGUGCCGUGCUCAGCCUCCUCCUGACGGGACGGGCGAGCCCCCGGGAGCUCGGCGGUGGGGCCGGGGAGGUCCGGGGGCAGCGAGGCCCGGUGGGCUUCCUGCGCUGGGAGCGGGCGGCGGAGCGGCAGGUGAGCCCCGCGCUGCGCACCCCCCGCCUGCCCGUGUGGCUGUGCGGUGUCCCCGGCAGGCACGGCGUCCUCUUCGGCACCGACCCCCGGCUGCUCUCCCACUGGAGAGCCGAGAGGCUCUUCCACCUCUACUUCUACAGCGGGCAGCAGGAGCAGACCCGGACGGCACACCUGACGAUAGUGCUCAAUAGAAAGUUUAAACACACCAUGAAGCAGGAUUGUUUCAUGAUUAAUUCAAAAUUUAAAUGA